CCCCGGACAAUAACAAUAAUAUCAACAAAUUCUCAACUGGUGAUCCCAGCUGACCUGCCCCUGAGUGCCCCCGUGCCCCUGGCACCCGUUCCCCGCCCCCUGGGGCACCGGGGCACUUAAAAGAGGGCCAUAUAGUGCCCCAGGGAGGUGAAAUGGCGGCCAGGCUGGCAGUAACAAUAUGGAAGUCAUUGAAAGCAUCAGCAGCGGAGAUGAGGGCAGCACCGAUGUCAAAAGAAUCCGUUUGAUAGUGACCCCUGAUGCAGAAGCAUGUACCAAGGGGAUCAAAGAUGUGAGUUCAAGCGAGGGGACAGCCAGUGUGUUCCUGUACAGCUCCGAUGGUCGUCUGGUUCCUGCAGAAAUUGUUAUGGAGAGCAUGAGUGAGAACAUCAUAACUCUGCCAUUAAGGACCAGCAUCAUUAAGACUAGUAAAGCAGCCAGUGCAGCAGUGAAUAUUGGCAGUCCUGUCAGAGUGCUGGAGUGUGGUGAAGGUAGUCCAGGGAAACAGAAGAGCUCACCUGUCAUCACUGUCCGUCAGGCGAGAGCUCCACCGCCUUCCCAAACUGACACAAAUCUGUAUAAGGUUUUGCCCUCGGCCUUGCCGACUAAACCUAGGCAGAGCAUUUGUACUUCUGACUCGAACAUGUUAUCAGACAUUCAGCCUAAGUUACAGACAAAAUCUGACAGUGUGAGUACCAAGAUUCUCAUUACACCAAAUGUGCAGCCCAAGUCACAGCAAACAUUGAGCUCCUCUCACAAGACAAUAUUGUCUACUGAAAUGCAGGAAGAAUGUUUAACACUGCUCACUGAUAACACAGAUAAGACUUCUCAGAGCAGUAGCAACGGUCAGACUUCUCAGACAGUUAUGAUGCGAGUCAAUAGUCUUGGAGAGCUGGAAUUGGACCCAAUGUUUCUCAAUGCAGAAACUCUCAGUGAAUCAGAGACAGAAGAGAUACGGCUCACAGCGUCCUCAGACUUAACUGCUCAAGACCGACUUACAGGCAGCAUCCUGAGCAGUGUGAACAAGACUGAAGAUUUAAAUGUUGAGGAAAUUCAAGUGGACUUGCAGACUCCCACUGCAGCCCAGGUGGAGGCUGGAAGUGGAAAUGUGAACCAAAGUUGGUUUACAUCUCGGGAAGAUAAAGAAAUGCUACGAUGGCGUGGCCAUGCCUGGCGCCAGGGUAUGUGGUCGAAGGAAGAAACUGAACUCUUACAACGUAAUAUUGAGCAGUACUGUGCCCAGAGAGGCGUUUCUGAUCCAGGAUCUGUUAUAUUCAAGAUGUCUAAGGAGGAGCGAAGUGGCUUUUAUCGAGUAGUUGCUCGAGGCUUGAACAGACCUCUCUUCUCGGUCUACAGACGAAUUAUCAGAAUAUACGACAAUCACAACCACAUCGGAAAGUAUUCCUCAGAAGAAGUCAACAAACUUCGAGAAUUACGAAUGAAACAUGGCAGAAACUGGCAGGCCAUUGCGGCACAUCUUGGCAGAUCAGCUGCUUCGGUAAAGGAUCGUUGCCGCCUGUUGAAUGAGAACUGCAACAGAGGUGCUUGGUCAGCAGAUGAAGAGGAACGGUUGGCAGCAGCAGUAUAUGACAUGGCUCAGGUGCUGCCGGGAGAGCAGGUGACAAAAGGAAUCUCCUGGGGUGAAGUGUCUAAUAGAGUGAGAACACGAUCUGAGAAGCAGUGUCGUACCAAAUGGCUCAACUACCUUAACUGGAAGCGGACCUCUGGGGUAGAAUGGAGCAAGGCAGAUGAUAUACAACUCAUAUGCAGGCUUAGUGUGUGUGGUGUGGCAGAAGAGUCGCAAGUAGACUGGUCAUCACUGGCGAGGAUCUGGCCAGCUUGCCGUUCCCCACACUGGCUUCGCGGCAAGUGGUGGAAUCUAAAGAGAAGACUCCCUCAGUCUUCUCAAAAUACAAAUCUCAGUGAGAUGUGUCAGCAGCUGUAUAACCUGCAGUCUCUGAGCCUCCUACAGUCUACCUUGGUGGAACUUCCAGCAACUUUCCUCAACUCUGUUAAUAAUUCAGCACUACUGAGUGCUUCUGCUCCUCCCACACCAGAAAACAAGUCUCCAGCAGAGUCCAGUCAAGACAGUGUCUCUCUUGGCACUAUCAAAUUAUGUAUUCCAGCUGCAAAUUUUUCACAUAUUAUUAAUUCAGAUGAGAGUGAAGAAGACUUUGGCUCAAGAUUAAGUGGGUUGAUGCAGAGUGCAUUGCUGACCCAGAGUGUAGAUGUGAGGGUGUGUGAGGCUAGCAGUGUAGCAUCACAAGCACACUGCUUUACCUCACCUGCUCUCACCACACAACUUCCACACCUCUCACCUCACCUGUCCUCCACAUUGUCAGACGGUGCAAAGACCCAGUCCAUAGUUGUGGAAACUUUGGAGGAUCCACUCUCAAUGCACCUAGCAGGGGUGACCAGGGCAGAUGUGAGCCGCACUACACUCCUUGACCAAGGAGAUCUGGGUGGAGGUAUGAAGGAGGAAGACAUCCUGAGUGAUGGUGAGGUCAGCCACUCUCAGACAGGACUAGCCACCAGCCUUGACCCAUCCUCGCCUGCUGUAACCUCUCAGGUCAUCCUCAAUGAUCCCAUUCUGUCAGUGUCUGGGGAGCCACUGGGACGAGAGGAGGGUCUGCAGCCCGACCACGAUGACUCAGACAUCACCUGCCAGGGCCUUUCUCAAGAUUAGCUAAAUAAUACUUUUUAUUUAAAAUAUACUAAAAAAUCCAUUAUUGGACUGAAACCUACCUAUUUUAUAAUUUGCCUGUUGUAUGAUGUUUACACACACACUCUCCAUGCAGAAGUGGAGAAGAAUCCUUCCUCUGUAAGCCAUGUGUGUUGUAAGAGGCGACUAAAAUGCUGGGAACAAGGGGCCAGUAACCCCCUUCUGUAUAAAUCAGGUCACAUUGCCUUAAUGGGAAACAGCCUGUGUUUUAAAAUAUAGUAGACCAUCGGUAGUUACGUUCCUGAAAAUGCCGUUUUAGUUAAAACCGUGUUAGACAAACUGAAGAACUUAUGGGAAAAAUAGGGUUACGUUCCUUGGAGCCCCCAAAAAACCAAACAACUAUUUUUUAGACCAACAGAUUUUACAAAAAUAAAAGUGAAUAUGUAAUUGUAGUUCAUUUUCAUAAUAUAUUACUGCUUAAGACUACAAAUGUCAUAGAAAUAAUAGUAUUUCUUACCUUAAACUAUGGGUAAUGGUGUUUGUGGAUGAUUGUGAAGAGAGUGGAUAUGCAUGGUGCGGCCCUACUGGCUGAAGUGGAUGGCUGUUGGUUGUCGGCAGAAGUGGAUAGUAGAGGUUCUGAUACUAAAGUCGAUGGUUGUAUUGGAGUGUGCAUAAAUUCUGUAAUGGAUCUCUGGGCUCUUUUACCCUGCAGUACAUUAUACAGCUGACGGCUAGGCAUCAUCAGCUGGUCUAGACCCCAUUUCAAAGCACUGCUUCUAGAGUUGUCAGGGUCCUCUUCAGUGAAAAAAGUCUGCUAGUUUAGCAGCAACGUGGAAUUGCUUACGUAACUGCUGCAACGUUAACUGUUUUUCUUCAGGUUCUUCUUCAUCUUCUGUUAAGUGGCUCCCUUGUAUCUGCAUCAAGCUCUGCCAACAUUUCUUCUGGACUCCCCAGUCCAGUGGUUGUAUUAGAGAUGUUGUAUUUGGAGGUAAAAAUACAACUUUUACAUGUGGGGUCACAUCCAGCAAAGCUUGUGAAUGAGUACCAAAAUUAUCAAGAAUGAAGAGAGCCUUGAAUGCAAGGUUCUUGCUGUGCAGGUAAAACUUGACUUCAGGAAUAAAGUGAUUCUUAAACCAAUCAGUAAAUAUUUCCUUUGUCAUCUAUGCUGACUGGUUUGACGUCCAAAUUACUGGUAAGGUGUUUUUAUCUACACCUUUCAAAGCACAAGGAUUCUUAGAAUGGUAAAUAAUCAUGGGCUUACACUUGACAUCACCUGAUGCAUUACUGCAAAGGAGCAAGGUGAAGCAAUCCUUUGCUGUCUCGAAGCCCGGUGCACUUUUCUCUUGCUGACUGAUAUAAGUUUGUGUUGGCAUUUUCUUCCAAAAAACACUUGUCUCAUCAGCAUUAAACACUUGAUGUGACUCAUAGCCACCCUCAGCAAUAAUUUCCUGCAAUUCAGCAGGGAAAUUACUUGCUGCUGUAUGAUCAGCUGAAGCACUUUCACCAGAAAACUUAAUAUUAUGUAUCUUAUUAUGCAGCUUAAAGUUGUGGAACCAGCCUGUGCUAAACACACUCUUUUUCAGGCCUUCCUUCCUAAUCACACACUGUUUUAAACAACUGUAAGGCCUUUUCCCUAUUUAAGAUGAAAUUAAGUGGUGCAGAGUGUAUCCUGCGGGCGAACCGUGCUCCAAAUUUUUUCCCCUCCCGCAAACUGAACUGUCUUAAGUUAAUUUUACAAAGUGUUAUACAAGAAUAUGCCACAAUUCUUCAAUAGUGCUAUAACCAAAACAUGCCAGACAAAACCGUGUUAAACAACUGUCUACUGUACUACA